AUGUUGGAUCUAUCUAUCUAUCUAUCUAUCUAUCUAUCUACAACCUUUGUUGCAGGAAAAAUAACGCCCUUCUCUCUCUCCUUCCAUAUUCCUCCCUUUCACUUUCUCCUUUCAUAUCUAUCUAUCUAUCUAUCGCCCUUUUCAUUUUCCAAUCUAGAUAGCUCAGUCCUUUUCAUGUAUCUAUCGAUAUAUCUGUCUAUUUAUCAGUCUGUCUAUCGAUUUAUCUAUCUCUGCCUUUUUCAUAUCUAUCUAUCUAUCUAUCUAUCUAUCUAUCUAGAUAGCAAAAUGUCUUCACAACAGGCCUCGCCAGACCCCUUACGGGUUCCAACUCUCUCACAGCAACUGUGGCCUGUUCUUCCACAUCGGCUGCAGGUUCUAAUGCAUCUUGGGUCGAACCGAUCUUGUUAUGAUCACCUCGCUCGUCUUCUUAAACACGGUAUUUUCACUGUGUUCCCAGGCAUUAGCAGUGAAAAUCAGUAUCACCAGCGCCAAGGGCUUUCUCUCGUCCAUACGGCUGCAUUGUGGAGUGACACAUCCAGGACCAACCCACACCACCGCCAACGCCGAGUCCGUGCAGAGGCCCUUCUACGCGGCCUGCGUAACGCCGACCCCAGACUGUCACUCGUUCAACACAACCUCUGCACAGAUUUUCUAUUUAAUCGGCCGACUCGAAAGGCGUUGCUCCUCGCAAUCGCAGCUUCGUUGGCAGCUCCUCCUCAUUAUCAGGCGCCUGUUCGGACUGCCAUUGAUUACUUCGGUCAGUCUAUUCGUAUCUCUCGGUCUAUCUUUGUUUCUUUAAAAGCAAAGAAAAAAAAAGAAAUCCCCCUUCCUUCUCUCUCUCUCUCUCUCUCUCUCUCUCUCUCUCUUUCUCUCAUGAUUCGAAAGCAAAAAUUCUUGUCUGACUCGUUCUCUUUGAAAGAAGACGAUAAGUUUUUUGUUCACCACCCUCCCCGAUUUCCUAUCUACUUUUUUAAGGUUUGUUUCUAUCUAUCUAUCUAUCUAUCUAUCUAUCUAUCUAUCUAUCUAUCUAUCUAUCUAUCUAUCAGGAAUUCUCUCUCUUUCAUACAUCCCUUUCUUCUCUCUCUUAUUGCUCAUUCCUCCCCUUCACGUACUUUCCCUCUCUUGUUAUCUCAUGAAACCUCUCUCUCUCUCUCUCUCUCUGUUUAUUUAAAAAAAGGAAAAAUAUCCCUCCUUCUCUCUCUCAUUUUUGCACAUUCCUCCCCUUCAUUCUCUUUUUACUUUCCCUCCCUUGUAGGGUGUGGUUAUUCUCAUCCAAUGAAAUGCCUUCGGCUCCUAUGA